GUAACCACAUUUAUACAAGUCCCGCCUCUCGGUUUCAGGAACCAAUCCGGUUUUAGUAUGAAUCUGUUCGUCAUCGGCCGCGAAUUGCGAAUUUCCUCCUUUUUGUUAAUAUGCUGAUCCUACUGCAUUAAAUCAACCAUAACACGCAUGUUUUCAUAACAUUAAGGCAGUAUGAACACGGAGCAGUCUGCUGAAACCCACUGUAGUGCAAAUAAAUGUCCAGUUUCGACACCGGAGGGGGGCGACUUGAAGGAAGGAGCACUGAAAAGAACUCCCUUCUCAAAGUUUAAGAGGGUACACUCCAACUUCAAAUCACCUCUUCAAGUAACUGAGAGUGCUAAAGUUAGCCCUGCAGAGGAGGUAGCAGAGCUGAAGAGGAGAGGAGAGCAGCUGGACACAGAGAUAGCACAGCUGGAGGCUGAGGGAUGCAGAGUAGAUGAGCUGGAGCAUCAUAUUGAUAUGCUGCAUGAAUACAAUGACAUUAAAGACAUUGGACAGUCACUCCUGGGCCGUAUUGCUGCUGUGAGGGGGACCACCACUCGAGAUCUCUACAGCCAUUUUGGUCUGGAACUGGAUGACUGAAAAAAAAAGUUUGAAAUUAGAGUGGUGAAAAUGGGUUUUCAGACCAAGGGGAGAGGGGCUUAAAGUGACCUUUUGAAUAGAGUUUGGAUUUGGACUUAAGAUGUGACUGGAGGAACUGUGUUGACCUCAACCGACAGACAAAGGUCUGCCCAUUUUCUUGGUGAUUUUGUGUUCACCUCUUUACCAAGACAGAUUUCAACAGUGGGAAUGAGCAUGAUAAGAGGAGAAUGACGCUGGUCCUGCAACAGACAUUAUAUGUAAGAGGCCAUCUACUCAAACCAUUAACUUUGCUUUGACAUUUGAGCCUGUGUAAAUGGAGUUUGGAUAGGGUAUGCAGGAUGGCUGCAUGCAUGUUAAUUACUUUUCUGGAGUGUUAACUUGAAGUGUAAAAUAAAAUGUACUAGCUCCUAGUAUAAUAUGCUUUGUAUGCUGACAUGACAUGUAAUAAAUAGGGACUCAGACCACCACAGACAGUGUGUCCUUUGCAUUAUCCCCUCAUUGUCCACUAUGGAAACUCUUACAGAUGUAUCAUAGUUAUAGCAUUCAUUUUGUGGAAUGAAAUACUUAAGCUAUGAUCUAUGUCAGAAGGUAUCACAAUACACUGACAAUUUUUGAUAUUCAUUCCUUCAACAAUUUAAGCGAAAGAUUUAAAUGGAUAUAUUUAGUUUAUUUUGAUAUACUCUACUCUUAUAACACAUUAUGUGACACAUUGGUUUGCUAACAUCCUCCUGUUAAUUGCCACACACUUAUAAAAAAAAUUCUAGUGAAGGAAAAAGGAUAUUAAACAACUGUUACAUUCAUUUACAGUCUGUUUCCACUGUGCCGUCUAAAAGUUGAACUGAAAAGAGGGUAUUUA